UUUUUCUUUGAGGUUGAACUUGCAAAAAUAUUCUUGUGUUUUUUCUCAUAUAUCACAAAUUUCGCAACUACAGAAAUAGGAUAACGUUUUAUUUAUACUUCUUGCCUGUUUCGUUAGUGUGUUUUUUUUCAUGUACAUUACUUCCAGAACGUUAUAACGCACAUUCUUAGCCGAGAAGAAAAUUUAUUAUUAAAAUAGAACUUAGAGGUUAGUCUUCGACAGUAGGAAAUUUUUCCAUUGAUUUGCGGAAAUUUUUCAAGUCUCUCCGCAUUUGUGCCUAAAUCGUUCAAUUUACUCUCCGUUUUAUGUGUUUCUAGAUAGAGUUUUUUUUUGAAGCUGACAUUAAAAACAAACGUUUUUUGCAAUAGUAUAUUGAGAGAGAGAAAGAGAGAAUGGAAUCGUCACAUAAUGAGCCGAUGUCAACACAGAAAUACUAUAGAAAAGCUGCUCAUAGUGGUGAUGGUAUUUGUGAAAGAUUCAGUGAAGAUUUCCUCUAUAAUUCACAUACCAGUUGUGAAAUGAUCUCUGACAAAAUAUUCGUCAACCGAUCGCUCCACUUGGAGAAUAUCAAGUUCUAUGGCUUCGACAUGGACUACACGCUGGCGGAGUACAAAUCGCCACAGUACGAGCAGCUGGGCUUUGAUCUCGUGAAGGAGCGCUUAGUCAAUAUGGGAUAUCCCGACGAAAUCCAGCAAUUUGAGUACGAUCCGUCGUUUCCUAUUAGAGGACUCUGGUUCGAUACGCUCUACGGAAAUUUGCUCAAAGUUGACGCUUAUGGAAAUAUUUUAGUCUGCGUGCACGGCUUCGAAUUUCUCAAGCAUUCCCAAGUCUAUGAUUUCUAUCCAAACAAAUUCCUCAAGUUGGAUGAAUCUCGCGUGUACGUGCUGAACACACUCUUCAAUUUGCCUGAAACAUACUUGCUGGCCUGUCUCGUGGACUUCUUCACCAACUCGAAGGAGUACACGCGCGAGAAGAACGGAGUACGCUGCGGACAGCUCUUUAUGUCCUUCAAAUCCAUCUUCCAGGACGUUAGAGGCGCCGUGGAUUGGGUUCACAUUCAGGGAGACCUCAAAUCUCGCACCAUUGAGAACUUGGAAUACUAUGUGAAGAAAGACCCGCGUUUGCCGAUGGUCUUGUCGAGAAUCCGCGAGAGUGGAUCGAAAGUGUUCCUGCUGACGAACAGCGACUUCAAAUUCACGGACAACAUCAUGACAUACCUCUUCGACUUCCCGCAUGGCGCGAAGAUGGACGAGGCACACCGGAAUUGGAGAACUUACUUCGACCUGAUUGUCGUGGAUGCCGGAAAGCCGUUGUUCUUCGGCGAGGGAACCAUCCUGAGGCAGGUGGACACGAGCACAGGCGCUCUGCGGGUGGGCAAGCACAUGGGGCCUCUGCAAAUCGAGCACGUCUACUCUGGCGGCUCGUGCGAUGUGUUCACGUCGCUGAUGGGCGCCAAAGGCAAGGACGUUCUAUACAUUGGCGAUCACAUCUUUGGCGACAUCCUCAAGAGCAAGAAGAUUCGCGGCUGGAGAACCUUUCUGAUAGUGCCGGAAUUGGUGCAGGAACUGCACGUGUGGACUGACAAGUGCCAGCUCUUUGCCGAACUGCAGCAAUUGGACAUCAUGCUGGGCGAUAUGUACAAAAACAUGGACUCGAGUGCGAAGGAGAAGCCAGACAUAUCGAAGGUCAGGGCGUCGAUUCGUGAUGUGACGCACAAGAUGGACUUGGCGUAUGGCAUGAUGGGCUCGCUGUUCAGGUCUGGCUCCAGGCAAACGUUCUUCUCUAGUCAAGUCGUCAGAUACGCCGAUCUGUACGCCGCCAGCUUCCUCAAUCUCAUCUACUAUCCGUUCUCGUACAUGUUUCGGGCGCCGGCGAUGCUCUUGCCGCACGAAUCGACUGUGGCGCACGAGCAGCGAUUCAUCAUGGACAAGCCAAUGAUAUCUAGAACGAGGUCGAAGAUCGAAAUGAUCGGCACGUUUGAUGGGGAAGCUCCGGACGCCCUCAAUCAACUCGAUACGAAUGCAGAUUUGAAGCUCUCUGGCCUUAACGACGAGGCGACGGUUCCGCACACCAGGCCAGAGACACCCAGAUCGGUGACCCACAAUCACGAUGAGGACUUCACUGACGAGGAGAGCGACAGCAAUAAAGGGCAAUAGAGCACUAUUUAUCUUAGGAUUGUUAACAUUGUAUAGGAAUUGCUUCCAAACACAUUAUUAAAUGCUCCAAAUUACGUAAGUAAAGAUAUAUAGAUUCACUAAAUUUGAAACGCUUUGUACAAAAUGAGAGAAAUAGACGGAAUUUUUGUGUUAGUUGAAA